CACGGUGACAGAAAAAAAUACAUCAUCUUCUUUCUUCUAAGUCUUCUCAUAGAGACAAAGACGACUACUUUAUUAAUAUACCCUCUCGUAGCGCAAAAUAUUUCAAAGAGAUACAAACAAAGCAAAGCUGGAACCAUUCUGUGUCAAAUAGUUAUGGUGGUUCUACUGAACACACGUCGUCGUUUGCUUCUUCUUCUUCUACUUGCAGCAUUCUCGUUGAGGCUCUGUUUCGGCGAAGACAGAAUCACGCUCUCGACUCCGAUCAAAGAUUCAGAGACCCUUCUCUGCAAAAGUGUACCAGUGGCUCCAAAUGCUAUUUGGGUUCAGCUAAUGGAUACUGGGAAUCUUAUGCUACAAGACAACAGAAACAACGGUGAGACUCUGUGGGAGAGUUUCAAGCAUCCUUAUAAUUCUUUCUUGCCAAGAAUGACUCUUGGGACCAACAAUAGAACCGGAGAGAAUCUAAAGCUCACUUCUUGGACAAGCUCUGUAGAUCCGUCAACAGGGAACUUCACAGCUGGUCUUGCUCCUUUCACGUUUCCUGAGCUUCUAAUCUGGAGGAACAGUGUCCCAAUCUGGCGUAGCGGACCGUGGAACGGUCAGGUUUUCAUCGGUUUACCGGAUGUGGAAUCUCUUCUGUUUCUUGAUGGGUUUAAUCUUAACAAUGAUAACCAAGGAACGUUUUUAAUGUCCUAUGCUAAUGAUUCUUUCAUGUAUCACUUUAACUUGGAUCCUAAUGGAGCUAUCUAUCAGAGAGAUUGGAGCACCUCUAUGAAUGCUUGGAGGAUCGGUGUUAGGUUUCCAUCGACAGCUUGUGAUACAUACGGUAUGUGUGGUCCAUACGGGAGCUGCAGUUCCAGGGAAGAUCCGCCUUGUAGUUGCGUAAAAGGGUUUGUGCCGAGGAAUAGCACAGAGUGGAACGCGAGGAAUUGGACUAAUGGUUGUGUGAGAAGAGCUCCAUUGCGGUGCGAGAGGCAGAGCAAUGCAAGCAGUAAUGGUGGUGGUGGAAAAGAAGAUGGCUUUUUUAAAAUGCAGAAGAUGAAAGUACCCAUCAAUGCGGAGCAGUCUCUGGCUAAUGAGCAAGCUUGCCCGAAGGUUUGUUCAGAUAACUGCUCUUGCACGGCUUAUGCUUAUGAUCGAGGAAUCGGAUGCAUGAUUUGGAGUGGUAGCUUACUUGAUAUGCAAUCAUUCUUGGGAAGCGGCAUUGAACUUUAUGUUCGACUUGCGCAUUCUGAACUCAAAACACAUAGCAAACGAGCAGUUAUGAUCACAGCACCCGUGCUAGGCGUUGCCUUUAUUGCCGCGGUUUGCGUUCUCUUAGCAUGCCGGAAAUUCAAAAAGCGUCCAGAAGCACCAGCGAAAGAUCAAAGUGCAGAGCUAUUGUUUAAGAGAAUGGAAGCACUUACAAGUGGUAACGAGUCUGCUUCUAACCAAGUCAAGCUCAAAGAGCUUCCUCUCUUUGAGUUUCAAGUAUUGGCUACAUCUACCGAUAGCUUCUCCCUUAGAAACAAGCUUGGACAAGGCGGAUUUGGUCCUGUUUACAAGGCGUGGAAGCUGUGGAAUGAAGGUGAGGCUGCUUCUCUAGCAGAUCCAAUCGUCUUUGAUGAGUGUUUUGAGAAAGAGAUAACGAAAUGUGUUCAGAUUGGUUUGUUGUGUGUGCAAGAAGUUGCAAACGAUAGACCGAAUGUUUCAACCGUUAUUUGGAUGCUAACUACAGAGAACACGAACAUCCCUGAGCCGAAGCAGCCUGCGUUUAUAGCAAGAAGAGGAGUCUCCGAGGCUGAAUCUUCUGACCAGAGCAGUCAAAAGGCCUCUAUCAACGAUGUGAGCCUCACAGCUGUAACCGGACAAACACAUAGCAAGCGAGCAGUUAUGAUCACAGCACCGGUGCUAGGUGUUGCACUUGUUGCUGCGGUUUGUGUUCUUUUAGCAUGCCGGAAAUUCAAAAAGCGUCCAGAAGCAGCAGCGAAAGAUCAAAGUGCAGAGGUGUUGUUUAAGAAGAUGGAAGCACUUACAAAUGGUAAUGAUGGCUAUAUGUCACCGGAAUAUGCAAUGGAUGGUAUCUUUUCAGAAAAGUCAGACGUUUUCAGCUUGGGGGUUAUAUUUCUAGAGAUCAUAAGUGGGAAAAGAAACUCCCAUAAGGAAGAGAAUAAUCUGAGCCUUUUAGCUUAUAAGCUGAACCUGAAGGAAAAAGAGAAAAAAAAAACGACCCAUGUUCUUGAGAAGCCACAAGGAAAAUCUUCCAAAGAGAAAAAACUAAGCAAAGCUGGAACCAUACUGUUUCAAAUAGUUAUGGUGGUUCUACUGAACACACAUCAUCGUUUUGUUCUUCUUCUACUUGCAGCAUUCUCUUGUUUCUCUCUGAGGCUCUGUUUUGGUGAAGACAGAAUCACGUUCUCAACUCCUAUCAAAGAUUCAGAGACCCUUCUCUGCAAAAGUGGUAUUUUCAGGUUCGGUUUCUUCACUCCUGUAAAUUCCACUGCUCGGUUACGUUAUGUUGGGAUUUGGUACGACAAGGUUCCAAUUCAAACUGUGGUUUGGGUUGCUAACAAGGACACUCCGAUCAACGACACUUUCGGUGUUAUAUCGAUCUCUGACGACGGAAAUCUCGUGGUUACCGAUGGUCGAAAGCGCCUUCUAUGGUCGACGAACGUCACAGUACCAGUGGCUCCAAAUGCUACUUGGGUUCAGCUAAUGGAUACUGGGAAUCUUAGAUUAGAAAACAAGAGAAACAAAGGUGAGAUUCUGUGGGAGAGUUUCAAGCAUCCUUAUAAUUCAAUGCUGCCAAGAAUGAAUCUUCGGACCGACCGUAGAACCGGAGAGAAUCUAGGGCUUACUUCUUGGAAAAGCUAUGUAGAUCCUUCAGCAGGGAACUAUACAGUUGGUCUUGCUUCUUUUCCGUUUCCUGAGCUUCUAGUCUGGAAGAACAAUGUUCCAAAGUGGCGCAGCGGUCCCUGGAACGGUCAGGUUUUCAUCGGUUUACCGGAUAUGGAUUCCCUUCUUAACAUUGAUGGGUUCAACAUUUUCAAUGAUAACCAAGGAACGGUCUCGUUGACCUAUGCUAAUGAUUCUUUCAUGUACCACUUUAACCUGGAUCCUGAUGGAGUUAUAUAUCAGAGAGAUUGGAGUACCUCUAUGAAUGCUUGGAGAGUCGGUGCUAGGUUUCCAUCGACAGAUUGUGAUGCAUACAGUAGAUGUGGUCCAUACGGGAGCUGCCACACUCGGGAAGAUCCUCCAUGUAGCUGCGUCAAAGGGUUUGUGCCAAGGAAUAACACAGAGUGGAGUGGAGGGAAUUGGACUAAUGGAUGUGUGAGAAGAGCUCCAUUGCGGUGCGAGAGGCAGAGCAAUGUAAGCAGUAAUGGUGGAGGAAAAAGAGAUGGGUUUUUUAAACUGCAGAAGAUGAAGUUACCAAUCAAUGCGGUACAGUCUCUAGCUAAUGAGCAAGCUUGUCCUAAGGUUUGUUUAGAUAACUGUUCUUGCACGGCUUAUGCCUAUGAUGGAGGAAUCGGAUGUAUGCUUUGGAGUGGUAGCUUAGUUGAUAUGCAAUCAUUCUUGGGAAGUGGCAUUGAUCUUUAUGUUCGACUUGCGCAUUCUGAGAUCAAAACACAUAACAAGCGAGCAGUUAUGAUCACAGCACCCGUGCUAGGUGUUGCAUUUGUUGCUGCGGUCUGUGUUCUUUUAGCAUGCCGGAAAUUCAAAAAGCGUCCAGAAGCAGCAGCGAAAGAUCAAAGUGCAGAGCUAUUUGGCUAUAUGUCACCGGAAUAUGCAAUGGAUGGUAUCUUUUCAGAAAAGUCAGACGUUUUCAGCUUGGGGGUUAUAUUUCUAGAGAUCAUAAGUGGGAAAAGAAACUCCCACAAGGAAGAGAAUAAUCUGAACCUUUUAGCUUAUGCGUGGAAGCUGUGGAAUGAA